CCGUUUUGCAAUCUGAGAAGGUGUCUACACUCUACACUAAACAGAAGUUUGUCGCUGGUGCCAUUCAUGACGCGUCCGAACCGGCUCCGAACCACCGAUGUCGCCGCCGAGGUUGGGAAGGCGAAUGGUCGGCGGCGGCGGCAGAGCCCAGCGGAGCGGUCGUCUUAUUUCGCCCGGAGAGAAGCGGCGAGAGUACUGCGCUGCGUAUUGGAAGGAGACGAGCGGCGGAGAGCUGUUGCGUCCAUCAAAUCGCUCAUCUUUAGCCCCUCUGUGAGAAACAAGAAAACCACCUUCGCUCUUGUCUGUCAAACCCUCAAGCAUCUUCCGAUUAUUAAGGAACUUUUAGAAACUUCUCAUGUUCUGAAUGGCAAGUGGAAGAGGCAAGAGGAACUGAUGUACGUAAUUACGUAUGACAUCUUAUUUGGCCAGGCUAUUGUAUUGCUGGGUGAUGCAGAAAAGUUUCUCCUGCUACGGAAAGAUGCCUUACAAUCAACUUUAGCACAGAUUUUAGUGAGAAAAAAAGUGAAGGAUGUUGAGGAGUUAUUGCUCCUAUAUUCAACUGCUGAUGUCCCAAAACCUCGAUAUGUUCGUGUUAAUACUUUGAAGUUGGAUGUUGAGUCUGCCCUACAUGAAUUGGGGAAACAACACAUGGCUACAAAGGAUGACAUAGUCCCGGACCUGUUGAUACUCCCACCAGGCACUGAUUUGCACGAUCAUCCUUUGGUUGUGAAUGGAAGUGUCUUUCUGCAAGGUAGGGCAAGUUCUAUGGUGGCAAUAGCUCUUGGGCCUGAGCCAGGAUGGGAGGUGGGCUUAUACCAUUUCAGAUACUUUAGUUGUUUUUAUAAUUGAUUGUACAUAACCAAGAAUUUGUUGUAUUAGCAAUACAUGGAGACUCCAUGUGGUUGCAAGUAGAGAGAUAUUUUGAAAGGAAGUGAAUUUAAUUUUAAAAUAUAAGUAGAAAUUUUUUUUAUCA